AUGAUCAACUAUCGAGAAUCCUAUACGAUGGUAGGGUUAGUUGGACACCUUCGGAAGCCUAAGCUACCAACCGUCCCAGGAUCUCCACACGAGGGUAAUACUACACCAACAGAGACACCCAUAACACCACAACGUUUCAACCCACCUGUCUUGCGUAAUUUCUCCUAUCCAAUCAAUGUCGGAAUCCUAAGGCAGCCGUCACCAUUUCCAUCGUUACCAAUAGCUCAACAGACGGCCUGGGAUCAGCUGGGUGAACUUUGCAAUUUCUCUCCUGAUAGUGUUUCCAGAACACGUGAAUCGAAACCCCUUGGGCUCGAUGAUCCCUUUCCCUUCAGGUCCGAGACGGAGUCUUAUUCUCAGUUAGAUGACGAGGACAGUGACGGAAAUAAAGAGUUCGGCAUUGGCGUAUCGUCUGAGCAACUUGACCGAGAGUCACUAUCGCAGGAAGAUUCCAAGAGUGCUGAGAAAGGCGGGCUGAAAGAUAAGGCUUUAAAGUUGGCCAAGGGCCAGUCAUUAGGAGAUCAUAUCUUUCCUCAGACAUCCAUUAUCACAUCCCGUCUUAAACGGAAUUCAUCCGGCCAACAUAAAACAACUGCAUCGCUAGACACAUCCAGGCUCAUGUCUUUGCCCUCCGAUAGCCCUGAUCGACCCGCAUCAAGUUCAGGGGUUCCACUCAUCGAUACCACAGUUAAGCUACCAAUCAUAACCACAAGAUAUGUGCACUCGCCAGUAGUAAUGGACUCUCAAGGAAAUGCAUCGAUAAGACAAGGAGAGGGAACACUAGUAUCUCAAGUCACAGGAGCAAUGGAGUCUCUUGGAAUGGACCCUAUUUACCAUAAGAAAACCCCGCACGAUCAUAGCGGGGUGGACCGCGAUACUCUCGAGAACGCGAGAAACAGAAAACUCAAUAAUCCGCCGACUGAAUUAGCCAAACAUAAUAAGAAGGAUGGUAAAAGCCGCUGGAUCUCUCUACUCAAGAGUUGGGUUAAUAUUUCGGAACCGUCGGCUCAGGCUUUGAAACAGUCUAAGAAGGAAACCUACGACAAGGCUCAUCUCUCUCUUGAUGGCCCUCAAGUGAGCGCUAAGCUUCACCUGCCAACCGGUACCCUUUCACCGAAUGCGAUUAAGCCGGUCGGCUCGGGGCCUGAUCCCGAGGAGAUGUUUUUGAAGCAGGCAGAACAACGGAAAAGGAUGAGACGUUCAGGCACCGGGUCUUAUGAAACCUACCAAGGCUCGAAAUCGAGCUCCAGUUGCUAUUCGGCUUCCAGUAGCAUUGCCUUUGGUACUGCGAGAGAGGUUCCACAGUAAUAACCAACUAAACAAACUCCGUUCUAAACGAUACACGCGGGUUGAACGACAUGUUACAAUGGAUUAAUUGUUGCUAUACUUUACGGCGUCUAAUUCUGUUUUUAUACUCGAACCUACAAGUGCCCAGGUAUGAGAUCUUGCAACUGAAUUUUCACGUUCAUUCUUUUACAUGGGAGCUAGCUAGA